GUGCCACCCCAGGGGGGUGGCCCGGCCCUGUGUCCCUGCCCCAUUCCCCCGGCUGAGUCCCUGUCCUCAUCCUGCAGCAUUGUGCACCUGUGCCUGCGCAAGGCUGACCAGAAGCUGGUGAUCCUGAAGCAGAUCCCGGUGGAGCAGAUGAGCAAGGAUGAGCGGCUGGCCGCGCAGAACGAGUGCCAGGUCCUCAAGCUGCUCAGCCACCCCAACGUCAUUGAGUACUAUGAGAACUUCCUGGAGGACAAGGCACUCAUGAUUGCCAUGGAGUACGCCCCAGGGGGCACGCUCGCAGAGUUUAUUCAUAAGCGCUGUAACUCCUUGCUGGAUGAGGAUACCAUCCUGCACUUCUUCGUGCAGAUCCUCCUGGCUCUUCACCAUGUGCACACCAAGCAGAUCCUGCACCGCGACCUGAAGACUCAGAACAUCCUCUUGGAUAAACAUCGCAUGAUCGUCAAGAUCGGAGACUUUGGUAUCUCCAAAAUCUUGAGCAGCAAGAGUAAAGCCUACACGGUUGUGGGAACUCCGUGCUACAUCUCCCCGGAGCUCUGUGAAGGGAAGCCCUACAACCAGAAAAGUGAUAUCUGGGCUUUGGGCUGUGUGCUGUACGAACUCGCCAGCCUCAAGAGAGCUUUCGAAGCUGCGAAUCUUCCUGCCUUAGUAUUGAAGAUCAUGAGCGGGACGUUUGCCCCAAUAUCAGAUAGAUACAGCCCCGACCUGCGCCAGCUCAUCCUCAGCAUGCUGAACCUGGAUCCUUCCAAGCGGCCCCAGCUGAAUGAGAUCAUGGCCCAGGCCAUCUGCAUUCGGCCCCUUCUGAACCUCUACACUGAUGUGGGCAGUGUCAAAAUGAGAAGGCCUGAAAAACCCAUGGCUCCAGUGCCCACAGUGACCCACAGCCGGACGGGGGGACUAGUGACCAGUGCCAGGCCGAGGGGUCUUCGAGGUGGUUCAGCCAGGACAGGAAUCCCUCCUCCGCUGUCGUCCAUCUACACCUGGGGGAGCGGGAUCACCACCCCCCUCCGCCUGCCCAUGCUUAACACCGAAGUGGUGCAGGUGUCUGCUGGCAGGACGCAGAAGGCUGGGGUCACCAAAUCGGGGCGGCUCAUCAUGUGGGAGGCUCCCCCAAUGGGUGCUGCGGGAGGACCUUCUCUCCCAGGAGCCACUGAGCAGCUCCAGCCUCAGUUUGUGUCCCGCUUUCUGGAGGGCCAGUCUGGUGUGACCAUCAAACACGUGUCCUGCGGUGAUCUUUUCACGGCCUGCCUCACAGACAGGGGGAUAAUCAUGACUUUCGGCAGUGGCAGCAAUGGCUGUUUGGGGCACGGAAACUUCACGGACGUAAGCCAGCCCAAGAUCGUGGAGGCCCUGCUGGGCUACGAGAUGGUGCAGGUGGCCUGUGGCGCGUCUCACGUCCUGGCGGUUUCCAACGAACGGGAAGUGUUUGCCUGGGGCAGGGGGGAUAAUGGUCGGCUGGGGCUGGGUACUCUGGAGUGCCACAACUCGCCCCAGCAGGUCACGGUCCCGCCAGACCACGAGGCUCAGAGGGUUGUCUGCGGCAUCGAUUCCUCCAUGGUCCUCACAGUGAAGAACCAGAUUCUUGCUUGUGGGAGCAACAGGUGUAACAAGCUGGGCCUGGAUCGGAUCAGCUCGGCAGAGGAGCCUUCCCCGGAGGACCAGGUGGAAGAGGCCACUGUGUUCACAUGUGUCCAGUCAUCCCCCUUGAACCAAGAGCCGAUUGUGUGUGCUGACAUCGGUACAGCGCACUCGGCUGCAGUCACGGCUUCUGGCCAGUGUUACACCUUUGGGAGCAACCAGCACGGCACCAACUCCUGCCGCAACAGCCGCAUACCCCACCUGGUUGUGGGGCUCCAGGCGAUGAAGGUCACCGUGGUGGCUUGUGGAGAUGCCUUCACUGUGGCCAUUGGAGCAGAUGGUGAGGUGUGCACAUGGGGGAAGGGAGCCAGAGGACGCCUGGGACGGAAGGACGAGGAAACGGGAGCACCGAGGCCAGUACAGCUGGAGGAGACACAUCCAUACCUGGUGACCUCCGUAGCCUGCUGCCACGGGAACACACUGCUGGCAGUAAAGCCUGCCGUGGAAGAGUCACCUUCCCAGUGA